GCCCUGAUUGCAGAACAGCAGGUGGAGUUCCAGGGCAGACCCGGGGCCUCCAGGCAGUGGCAGGAUCUCUGUCCUGUAGAUAUGGCACUGACUCCCCCUUUGAUCCCCAGCCCUGUGGCCACACAGGGGUGCAGAUAGCCUAGACCUGCCACCUAUGGCCUGUGCCGUGACCCUGACCCAGGCACAGAUGGCUCCUGCCAUGGAUGAAGGGGAGACGGUGUCCCCGGCUGUGGACCUGGUGCUGGGUGCCUCAGCCUGCUGCCUGGCCUGUGUGUUCACCAAUCCCCUGGAAGUGGUGAAGACGCGCCUACAAUUGCAAGGAGAACUGCAGGCCCCAGGCACCUACCCACGGCCCUACCAGGGCUUUGUGUCUUCCAUAGCAGCCGUUGCACGGGCAGAUGGGCUGUGCGGCCUGCAAAAGGGGCUGGCCGCCGGCCUUCUCUACCAGGGCCUCAUGAAUGGGGUCCGUUUCUACUGUUAUAGCCUAGCAUGCCAGGCUGGCCUCACCCAGCACCCAGGUGGCACUGUGGUCGCGGGUGCUAUGGCUGGGGCAUUGGGAGCCUUUGUGGGGAGUCCUGCUUACCUGGUCAAGACACAGCUGCAAGCCCAGACAGUGGCCGCUGUGGCCGUGGGGCAUCAACACCAGCAUCAGACUGUCCUGGGUGCCUUGGAGACCAUUUGGCGCCAACAAGGAUUCCUGGGGCUGUGGCGGGGUGUGGGUGGGGCUGUGCCCCGAGUCACAGUGGGCUCAGCUACCCAGCUGGCUACCUUCACCUCUGCCAAGGCUUGGGUACAGGAGCAACAGUGGUUUUUGGAAGAGAGCUGGCUGGUUGCCCUCGCUGGAGGUAUGAUCAGCAGUGUGGCUGUGGCUGCAGUCAUGACUCCCUUGGACGUGGUCAGCACUCGACUCUACAAUCAGCCAGUGGACAGAGCUGGCAGGGGCCAGCUGUACAAGGGCCUUGCUGAUUGCCUGCUGAAGACCUGCCAACAGGAGGGACCCCUGGCACUGUACAAGGGCCUAGGCCCUGCCUAUCUGCGCUUGGGCCCCCACACCAUCCUUAGCAUGUUCUUCUGGGACGAGCUGCGGAAACUGGCCGCAAGAACCCCACACCAGGGAACCUAGACCAUGCAUGCUUCAUCCCACCACCAACCUGGCACUUGGUGGAGGUGAUGGCUGCUUCAAAAGGACUGGCUGCCCAGAGCUAGCUUGAG